AGUAGUAGCUCUUCGACUUCCUUUCUAGCUGCUCGGAUCAGGAAGCGACGAUCAUCACUGUCUCCAUAUGGCGUAUCUGGGAGGCGCGGAACGCGGCGAGGAAUGAGCCCAUGCCGCCUCCGCUGGUGCGCACUGCUACCAGGGCCAAGGCUUACAUUGACCUGAUCCUCCAACACCUCUACAAGCCUGUACUUGCUUCCAGGCGUGAGACCUCGUAUACUGAUCGUCAAUGGUCUCCGCCGUCGCAAGGUAUAGUGGUGGCUUUCUCCGAUGCGGCUGUGUCGGUGGAGCAACAUAAAUCCGGAAUAGGGGUGGUGGUGCUCAACCAUGAGGGCUUGUGUGUAGGUGCCUGUUCUGACCCGUUGAGGGGUGCACUGUCUCCAGAGAUUGCCUCUCGAUGGUGCAGCGCUUGAAAUCUUCUUCUAGUGACCGCUCGGUGGUGGGUUCUAUUCUCAUGGACGUCAAAGUGAUGGCAAAUGGUCUUUCUUCUGCAACUUUCAGUACAAUGUUUUAGCUCAUGUCUUAGCUAGAUCUAGUUUGAGCUCUACUAGUCCAUGUACUUUUCUUUCUGCUCCGGAUUGCAUCCAGGAGACUCUUUGUAAAUUUGUUGCUUGAUCAAUAAAGACCGACGUUCUCUAAAA